AUGAGACUGUCUGUGUGUGUCCUGCUGGUCACUCUGGCCCUUUGCUGCAAACAAGCCAAUGGACUGGCAUGUCCCAGCCUUGUUACUGAAACUUUACAGUUCUUGGAUUUGGCACCAGCUUUGUUCAGGCUCUCGCUCCAGAAGUUCAAUCCACCUUCCGAAAACGUGGAUGCAAAGCUGAAGGUGAAGGAAUGCACCGACCAGAUGUCCGCUUCGGACAGAAACCAAAUUAAAAUAGUACUGGGAGAAAUUCUCCUCAAGAAGUGUACUCUGUGA